UUGUGCUGAACCGUGGUCAGCAUUUCGGUCGGCUUGGCGUUUGACCCAAGAGCGGCUUACCAGAAUAAUUAAAUGAACAGGUUUCUAUCUACUGCGGAUAUUUGAGAAACAUGGAGUUUUGCAGAUGCCAAACCCCAACUCAUGCCAGAUGUUUUGAAUGGAAAACUGCUUUCUGCCGUACACUUGCUCCAUGCAUGUUUGGAUCUACCAACGCUGCUGUCUCUAGCAUUUCCGCAUAGCGAAAUCAAUGAUUUGCAAGGGAGGGGCGGAGCCUCCAAUGUUUGCACAGGCUGCCUCUUGCGUUUUUUAAACGGAACGUUGCCCUUCUUGGCGAACUGUUUGUUUCCCUUGAAGCCCCUGGCCAGAAUGGCAUGGUUUCUAGAGACAGUCCUCUUGCCUAGGCAGCUUCUACUUGCAAGCUUGAUGCACUUGUCAUGUAAGCACCUGACCUCUGAUGAAGGAUACGCUGUUGGAUCCUGCCUUGUGAAGGGACAGUUGCAAAACGGCACUGCCCCACCGCUCCCUCACGAAGAGGAUGAGGUAUGGCCAGUGUUCAGCAUGAGAGUAUUGCUUGUAGGUGAACUGCGCCAGUUCUGCACGGACUUUUGCUCUUCAGCACUUGUGAUCGCAGAUGUUGCUUUGUGCUGAGCCGUGGCCAUCAUUUCGGUCGGCUUGGCUUUUGACCCAAGAGCGGCUUACCAGAAUGCUUGAAUGAACAGGUUUCUAUCUACUGCGGAUAUUUGAGA